AUGGCAGCUGAUACUCUUGUUUUAUCCCAGCUGUCCUUCUCUGUUCAGACUAAGCGUCGAGUCUCACAAUCUCAUACAGCAACGGACACCAUUCAACAUAGCUUGAUUACAAUCGGAGGCACGAACUACGAUAUCGAUGUUUCUCAGAUACCAUAUUUAUCGUCCUUCGUCAACUUCCAAGACAAAGCUUCGCCACAAGGAACGGAACUAGUUCACGGACAUAUCCCUCUGAUAGACGGAGCUCUCGUUGGAAUUCGAUCGGGAUAUCGCCAAUGCUUCAGAGCCCUUCCUCCCGAUAUUCAUCAACACCAAAUGCUAUGCGAGACGUACGACUUUCUAGGAGUUGACGUCCUCGCAGGGCAAUACAUAGAUGAGAUAUUCGCCGACCUCAAAGCCUGCAAGAUCGACUACGAACUCGAGUACAAACGGUACUUAGCCAUCAAGGGUAACAAGUCGAAAGCACGGGAUGCUGCUUUCAAACUGCUGUACUUGAUAUUGGUAGGAGAGUUCAGAGAUGAGAAUAUGGACUGCAUGAAAGUGUUCAACGCAGUCCUGUUCGUUGUCUCUCAUUCUGCGACUUUCAAAUGGAAGACGAGAACAGUGAUUCGGGCUGCAUACCAGGAGCGUUUUGUUGUCACCUUGAAGCAGAUAGCAAGGCUAGAUGAAUGGCUGAAAGGAGAUACUGAGGACGAAGUUGAAGCAGAUGUCACUACUACAGAUGAGUCCUCGGACGAGUACUAUAAUUCUGAUUACUCGUAG